AUGGAGUGCUGGCGUACCGACUUCGCACCCGAGCACUACCACCAGGUCGGACUGGCUGUCGUCGCCUGGGGUCCGGAGCAGAAAUACGUGUCAGAUUCCCUGGCAAACGUGCGCGCGAUUGGCACAGACAAGGUCGAAGUCUUGACCUCAGCUGCACAUAUUCGACGAGCAUGCGGUCUAGAAGGGACCGACGAAUGGGGCAGUGGCAAAACAGGAUAUGUGAACUGGAGUUCAGGUUGGGCUGACGCGCAAGGUGCCAUGUUGUGGCUGCGGAAGAAGGUCGAGGCGUUGAACAGAGUCAAUUUUGUGACUUCGGGAGUGAAGAAGUUGAUUAUCGACCACAAAGCCAACGCUGUAUUGGGUGUGCGAUUACAAGAUGGCAGAGAGCUAAAAGCCGACCUCACCAUCCUCGCCGCAGGCGCCUGGACAGCCUCGCUCAUCGAUCUACGCGGCCUAUGCAUGGCCACUGGACAAGCCGUAUGCUACAUGCCCAUCUCCUCCUACGAAGAAGCCGCUCUCGGCAAUCAACCCACCAUCCUCAACCUCUCCCAUGGCUUAUUCAUGAUCCCACCAGCUAAGAAACUCCUCAAAGUCGCACGACACGGCCACGGCUAUGUGAACCCAACAACAAUCCCACAUCCAGAAUCCGACGACCCAAAUGAGACCAUCACAGUCUCCCUCCCCUACACCUCUGUCGACGACCCCACACAAGCCGUACCUAUAGAAGGCCAACGCCAAUGCCGCGACUUCCUCACUGCCAUCCACCCUUCCAUUGCCGUUCCUUCGCGCCCUUUUACCAAAUCGAAAAUCUGCUGGUACACGGAUACGCGCAAUGGCGAUUUCCUUAUUUCCUACCACCCCAAAUACAAGGGUCUGUUCGUUGCCACAGGAGGCUCAGGUCACGGCUUCAAAUUCCUGCCCGUGAUUGGAGACAGCAUUGUCGAGUGUAUCGAGGGAAGAACGCCAGAGGACUUUAAAGGAAAGUGGGAUUGGCCUGCGGAACGGGUGCCGGAGAACCAGUGGCCCGGUGAUGGAAGUAGGGGUGGGCCGGUGGGCAUGGUGUUGGCGGAAGAGAUGGAGAAGAGUAGAGGGAAUCUGUAG